GUUUAUGGGCGUAUGAAGUGGGACGAUGUUUCUCCUACUAUUACGACACAUUGCAUUGGCAUUAAUAAUGGCAGAUUCGGACAUCCUGAACAAGAUAGAGCCAUCACAUUACGAGAAGCCUCUUUACUUCAAGGCUUCCCCAAAAAAUAUAAGUUUAUAAAGUCUAUUGACGAUUUUCAUAUGGCGAAUCUUGCGAGACAUAUUGGCAAUGCUGUCCCAGUUGGGUUAGGAGUGGCAAUCGCAAGAAGCAUCAAA